ACCUCUGCAAAUUCUUCACCAUUUUUUAGACGCACAAAUGUCUCAAUGCAUCGCUUCCCCUUUGAUUCGCAGCAUUGGAUCCACUUCAGUCGGUAACUCACUGUUGCCGAAUCAUCGGCCACCGUCUACAUUACCGGUCAUUCCUCACCGGCAGCUCCUGCUUCCAAAUUUACAGUUAUCCGUCAGUAAAUUGAGGAGUUUUGGAGCUCAUGCUUUUGAUCUCAAAGGUAGCCAAGGAAUGGCUGAGUUCCAUGAAGUUGAACUCAAAGUCCGGGACUAUGAAUUGGAUCAGUAUGGUGUUGUAAACAAUGCUAUUUAUGCAAGUUAUUGCCAACAUGGUCGUCAUGAGCUUCUAGAAAGGAUUGGUAUAAGUGCUGAUGAAGUGGCACGCAGUGGUGACGCACUAGCACUAACAGAGCUGUCACUUAAGUAUCUAGCACCUUUAAGGAGUGGAGAUAGAUUCGUCGUGAAGGCACGAAUAUCUGAUUCUUCAGCUGCUCGUUUGUUUUUCGAACACUUCAUCUUCAAGCUUCCAGAUCAAGAGCCCAUCUUGGAGGCAAGAGGAAUAGCAGUGUGGCUUAAUAAAAGUUACCGUCCUGUCCGAAUUCCGGCAGAGUUCAGAUCAAAAUUUGUUCAGUUCCUUCGCCAGGAGGCAUCCAACUAAUGUGCUUGUCAACAAAAUCCAGAAGAGUUCUUUUGAUCAAACAUUUUUCUCUGAAAGUGAAAAUUUGCUCCUUUUAUAUACUGACCCAAAAAAUCUAGCAACUUAAGGUAAUUUUGUUUGGUUAAUAUCACUCUUGGUCCCUCAAUUUUUAAUAAUAUUGAAUUUAGUCCCUUCCAGGCCUCCGCUUGUGGAGUUACACCUUGUAUGUUCUAAUGUUGUUGUAGCUUUUGAAUUUAGUCCUUGUAAUAUCUUACCACUUUUGAUCUUCGAUUAAUCGAAAUAUGUACUUUUAAUCCUU